GAAAAUCCAACACACAAGUGAAGUACAAGGAAUCCCCAGACUGAUGGGCAGCCAGGACAGCACCUGGGCACCAGGCAGAAAGGAUGACGCCUCCAACUGGACAUGUCAAGGAUCUCUGGGAGACAUUUCUUUAAGAAUAUCUGGGGGCUUCCCUGGUGGCACAGUGGUUAAUAAUCUGCCUGCCAACGCAGGGGACAUGGGUUCGGGCCCUGGUCCGGAAAGAUCCCACAUGCCACGGAGCAACUAAGCCCGUGCGCCACAACUACUGAGCCUGCGCUCUAUAGCCUGCGAGCCACGACUACAGAGCCUGCGAGCCACAACUACUGAAGCCCGUGCACCUAGAGCCCGUGCCCUGCAACAAGAGAAGCCACCGUAAUGAGAAGCCUGCGCACCACAAUGAAGAGUAGCCCCCACUCACCACAACUAGAGAAAGCCUGCGCGCAGCAAGGAAGACCCAACGCAGCCAAAAAUUAAUUAAUUAAAUAAAUAAAUUUUUAAAAAAAGAAUAUCUGGUGCUACAACAGGGAAAACAAUUUGUGCAGGAAAAGAAAUCUUAGCAUCUUAAAUCGUGGCUCACUGUGACUACAUGAUGAUGUAAAAACUGGAUGCUAAUCUAUCUAAAAUGAUGAUAUAACUUCUGGGGAAGAAUAUGGGGCUGAGAAAUGAGUGGGGGGCGCAAGGGUGAGGGAGGAGAGUUAAAUACUCAUCUUCCAUAGUAAGAAUCAAUAUAUAAUGCCUAAAAGUGAAAAACCAAGAAGUCACAAUCAAAGUGUUACUUGAAAACACAGGAGCUCUAUGUGCACGUAUAACAUGUUAAAAAGUUUUAAAUGUUUAGCCCUGGCCUGGUCCGGCCCACCCCCUCCCCGCCGGGUCCUUGAGGCCCAGCCUGGUCGGGCUGCUGGUGGCUGGGCACCGACGGCCGGACUGGCCGGACAGACGGGCGCACAUGAGGAUGGACGGAGGGAUACACGGAGGGCCGCGGGGACGCUCGGCCCGGGCCGGUGCUAAGAGGCCCACCCAGGAGGGCUGGGGCAGCACUCAGAAUUUUUAUUUGGCUGCUACCUUAAAAUACAGGCCCUAAAAAUGCCAGCUUGUUUGGACUUAGAAGAUGACCUGAUAAAAAAUGACCUGAUAGAAAAUGAUAAAAAUUAAGAAAGACAUUUUGGUAUUUUUAUUGUCCACUUGGCAUAUGCUUCUGGAAUAAUAUUCACCAUGGUUUUGGAUGACCUUCCAAACUUAGAAGACAUCUAUACUCCCUUGUGUUCAUCAACAGUGGAGGACCCAGAGAUGGAUUUUGACUCUGGACUAGAAGAUGAUGACUCAAAAAGUGAUAGUGUUUUGGAGGAUUCCACAAUCUUUGUGGCCUUCAAAGGAAAUAUAGAUGAUAAAGACUUCAAAUGGAAAUUGGACACAAUAUUGAAGAAAGUGCCCAAUUUGUUACACAUGGAAUCCAGCAAGCUAAAGGUACAGAAGGUAGAGGCCUGGAACAGUGUGCAUGUGACAUUCAACAUCUCCCGGGAAGCCGCGGAGCGGCUACGGAUCCUGACUCAGAGCAACAACCAGCAGCUUCGGGAUCUGGGAAUUCUCUCCGUUCAGACUGAAGGGGAAGGUGUCAACCUGGCUUUGGCUCAGAACCAAAGCCGAGAUGUGAGAAUGAAUGGACCCACGGGAGCUGGAAAUUCAGUUAGGAUGGAGGUGGGAUUUCCCAUGGCAGGUGGUCCAGGAAUGCCUAAACGCCUCCCACCUGGCUCAACAGGACAGGCCAAUCCUGUCCUGUUGCAAGGACAGGUGCCUUCGACCACAGCAAUUACCCCUGGAAAUUCAGGAGCCCCUCAGCUGCAAGCAAAUCAAAAUGUCCAGCAUGCAGGUGGUCAAGGAGCUGGUCCUCCUCAAAACCAGAUGCAGAUGUCCCACGGGCCACCAAAUAUGAUGCAGCCCAGCCUCAUGGCAAUUCAUGGCGACAUGAACAGCCAACAGACUGGUAGUUCUGGGGUUCCUCAGGUGAACCUGGGCAACAUGCAAGGCCAGCCCCAGCAGGGCCCACUUCAGCUGAUGAGCACGCACCAGCAGAUCGUGCCCUCCCAGGGCCAGAAGGCCCAGCAACAAGGUACCUUGAACCCUCAGAACCCUAUGAUACUUUCAAGGGCCCAGCUUAUUAUGCAGCAGGGUCAGAUGACAGCAGAUCCUCAGAGCCAAAAUCUUGGGCCCUCGCCCCACAGGAUGACCCCACCCAGGCAGAUGCUUCCCCAGCAGGGCCCACAAAUGAUGGCACCACAUAACCAGAUGAUGGGGCCUCAGGGGCAAGUUUUGCUUCAGCAGAACCCAAUGAUAGAGCAGACUAUGACCAAUCAGAUGCAGGGGAAUAAGCAACAGUUUAACACUCAGAACCAAUCUAAUGUCAUGCAGGGACCAGCACAGAUAACGAGGAGACCAACUCCAAACAUGCAAGGAAACAUGGUGCAGUUUACGGGACAGAUGUCAGGACAGAUGCUGCCCCAGCAAGGGCCCAUGAACUACAGUCCAUCUCAGGCUCAGGCGCAGGUCUUGAGGCCACCAGGGCCCAGCCCACAUAUGGCCCAGCAGCAUGGCAAUCCUGCUACUACGGCAAAUAAUGAUGUCAGCUUGUCUCAGAUGAUGCCUGACGUUAGCAUGCAACAAAGCAACAUGGUCCCCCCCACCGCCCCGGACGUGCAGGCCAUGCUGGGAAACAGUGCCUCGGGAAACCACUUCUCAGGCCAUGGGAUGCCUUUCAACGCACCUUUCAGUGGAGCACCCAACGGAAAUCAGAUGUCCUGUGGUCAGAGAGGCUUCCCGGUCAGUAAGGAUGUCACGCUAACAAGCCCAUUGUUGGUCAACUUAUUGCAGAAUGAUAUCUCUGAAGGUCAUUUUGGGGUAAACAAUAAGCAAAAUAAUACCAAUGCAAAUAAACUAAAGAAGAAGAAACCCCCUCGGAAGAAGAAAAAUAGUCAGCAGGAUCUAAACACCCCAGGUACUCGCCCACCUGAUCUGGAGGAGGCUGAUGAGCAGCCAUUGCCUAGAGAACAAGGAAUUAACCUGGACAACUCAGGCCCUAAACUGCCAGAAUUUUCAAAGCGACCACCAGCCCCUUCACAGAGUUUAGUCCCAAAGGAAACUCCAGCCACAGCACUGCAGGGGUCUGUUCCCAGACCAGAACUCGAGGCAAAUGCUGCCAUAGUCUCUAGACAAAGCAGUGAGCCUAAAGAGAUAACUGAAAAGUCCAAAACUCCAAGCCGAAGAAAGUCCCAAACUGAAGAGCCAGCUGUGGCUUCUGAAAGUGUGGAAAAUGGACAUCAGAAGCCAUCCUCUUGGCCUGCUUCAGCCUCCAGCCCGACUAAAGACAUAACCAGUGCAAUGCGAUCCAAGCGAAGAAAAUCCAAGUAA